AUGGUUCACACGACUUCUUUGGAGCUGAUUGGUGUACUAUUCCUGGGCAAGUGUUGGGGAGAGAAGUUGAUCCGAAUGGAUAUAUCUCCGCAGAAAGUGUCCGGCGCGGCGAAUUCGGCUCAUCUGUUGGCCAAUUUGAAGAUCGAUGGUGAAGAUGUGACCGCCCUUGUAGACACCGGGAGUCCAAUCACGUACUUUGUAUGGCGACACUGGUACGAGAGCACCGCUCCAGGUGGCUGCGAGAAAAUCAUCUACAAGUGCUACGAGUGUAAUCCAGCGCCAUGUCGCGAGGGUCCGAAGAAGCAGUUCGAAGUCUUCGACGGCACGCGUGUGACUCUCUUCCCGCACUCUGGGAAAGUCAAGAGCUAA